GCAUAAAGCCACACAAGAGAAGAAGACGUGGCUUAUAUUAAGGGGCAUCCAUCUCGUCGUCUGUAGUCUUUGGUCGUGUGUAAACAAGACAUCAGGAAACAAAGAGUCGUCACUGGUCAAGCAAGAAAUGCAGUCUGCAGUGAAACAAAACUACCAUGUGGAGACUGAAGGUGACAUCAACAUACUCAUCAACCUGAAGCUCAGGGCCUCCUAUACCUACCUUGCUCUGGGGAUGUAUUUUGACAGGGAUGAUGUGGCUUUGCCAAAUUUCUCCACUUUCUUCCUGGAGCGUUCCAAGAAGGAGAGAGAACAGGCUGAAAAGUUGCUAGAAUAUCAGAAUACGAGAGGCGGCCGAAUUUUGCUUCAGACCAUUGCUAAACCCGUUAAGGAGGACUGGAAGGGUGGACUGGAUGCAUUGUCCUUCUCUCUGGAAUACCAGAAGUCUUUGAAUACUUCCAUCCUUGAAGUGCACCGCAAAGCGGACGGCCACACCGACGCACACCUGUGCGACUUCCUCGAGGACCAUUUCCUCGUCGACAGCCAUGACACCAUCAAGACGCUGGGUGACUACAUUGGCAGUCUCGGUCGCCUCGUCUCAUCUGAGACGCAUGCUUCUAUGGGAGAAUACCUUUUUGAUAAACACACUCUGUAAAGGUCAAAGUAGUGUAAGAACAUGCAUUUCAGACUUACAAAAAAGGAUAAGGUCAACUUUGCAUUCUUUUGCCUUUAAAGCUUAACAAGUUUUGCACACUUUACGCUAAACAAUUUUUGUACCAAAAAUCCAAGAUGACUAGAAUACCUCAAACCUUUUACAGAGGGGGAAAAAAAAAAAACUUGAACGACUGCUUUCCUGAGCCGUUACUGUGAGACGAGUCACUUGUUCAGACUCUUGUAUUGAGUGUCAUGCAUUCCAGUAUCAAUCAUCUGUGAUCAUUAAAAUCAUUUGGCGAAAAAUUCCUGAAAAUGAAUUAAACUUGACCAUCAACUUAA